AUGUCAAAUUAUCGAACUGCUGCACAUCAGGAAAAAAUUGUUAGUUUAUCAAAUGAAACCAUUCAAAUAAUUGACAAUAUUAACAUUACCAAUAUUUUUAACCAAUUAUCUUCUAAAGAUAAUGUCAAUAUGUAA